AGUCCAAACUAAACUAAUCCCAAACUCAACUAUAAAAUGAGCUUUAGCUCCGCCAGUGCUUUUGCAAAUCGUCAACGUGUUCCAAAAAUUGGCUCCAAAGAAACACCAGAGACUCGCGAGGAUUCCAGUAAUGGCUACCAAAGUGUAUAUUGUGUACUAUUCCAUGUAUGGACAUGUAGAGAAGCUAGCAGAAGAAAUUAAAAAAGGAGCUGCAUCUGUGGAGGGAGUAGAAGCCACACUAUGGCAGGUCCCUGAGACACUACAAGAUGAGGUGCUUGGGAAAAUGAGUGCACCACCAAAGAGUGAUGCACCAAUCAUCACGCCAAAUGAACUUGCUGAUGCAGAUGGAUUUGUUUUUGGCUUUCCAACAAGAUUUGGUAUGAUGGCUGCUCAGUUUAAAGCAUUUCUGGAUGCAACUGGAGGUCUAUGGAGAACACAACAGCUUGCUGGAAAACCUGCUGGGAUCUUUUACAGCACUGGAUCUCAAGGUGGUGGACAAGAGACAACUGCAUUGACUGCCAUCACUCAGCUGGUUCACCAUGGGAUGAUAUUUGUACCCAUUGGCUACACAUUUGGAGCUGGCAUGUUUGAAAUGGAGAAUAUCAAAGGAGGAAGUCCAUAUGGUGCAGGAACUUUUGCCGGGGAUGGUUCAAGACAGCCAACUAAGCUUGAGCUCGAGCAAGCAUUCCACCAAGGGAAAUACAUUGCCACCAUCACAAAGAAGCUCAAGGGAGCUGCUGCUUAAGAUAUAUCAAGUGCAUAAAAGACACUCAAAUGGAAGGCCUUAAUCAAUUCUUUCUCCGUAAAUUUCAGUUUCCCAUUUCUACUUGCCAGCAAGGAUAGUAUAUUUCAGUUUCCCAUUUCUACUUGCCUGCAAGUAUAGUUCUUGCUUUAUCUGGUAUAUGCAUGUUGUGUGUUAUACUCAACACAGUUAUUAUUCAUAAUGAUAAAAGGCUUUGUUUGCUCA